AAUCGUUGUAACUUAUUUAGGAUUAAAAUCAAACUCCUAGUACAGCUGCUCUAUUUAUUUUUGGUAAAUUAUAUAUAUAAUUUAGUGAAAUGAGUUAGGCAAACGGCAAGAACGCCAUUUGACUUCACCGCAAAGCUUAACUCCGUUUCAUCUCCGUUUUGGCGUUUUGCCGUCUCCGUCAAGCUCCCUUUUGCGAAAGCGUGUGUAUAUGUCUAUCUCUAUGCAUAUUCAUCAACACUUCCCCAAAUCCAUGUGUAUCUAUACAACUCUGUGUAUCAUAUAUAGAAAAUGUACCUGUAAACAAUAAUUCAUUCACUUAUUCUUCAUUUCAAUUUCACCAACAACCUAAUUUUUCAAUCCAAUUUUGAUUGAUAUGAAAUUUUCCAAAAUUCAUAUAGGUUUGACAUAGGGUGUACAGUGAGGUGUAUCUGUAGCCUUAUAUUUCUUUAAAGACACUGUCUUGAAUUCGACACGAAAAUCCACAGCUUUUAUUGGGUGUAUAGUAAAGCUGGCUCCGAUAAAAGAAAAAAAAGAAGAUUAGGUGUACAGUGAGACUCCAGAUUGUUUGAACCGUGAUCUACAGAUCACCAAAGGAAGGUGUAAUUAAGGGCUGUUUCUCUAAGAAGUUUGAAAUUGACAGCUGAAUGGCUGCGACGACGAUGGCGACAGCGGCGGGGGCGGUGGUGUUGUUGUACUAUGUGUUGAGUCGCCGAUUAACGGGCAAGGAGGGAGAGGAGGAAGAAAGUGGUGAUUACUCCAAAGCAGCAAGUAGAUCUGUGAAACGGAGACUGUCACGAAGGCCAGCUCAAGCUCCCGCCACCUGGCUUGAAACAAUUUCGACUUUGUGUGAAACUCUACGGUUUACCUAUUCCGAAACACUUGGGAAAUGGCCUAUUGGUGACUUGGCUUUUGGGAUCAAUUUCCUUAUCCGAAGACAGGGAAAUGCACCAGUUGCAAGCGUAUAUGCUGGGGAAAGCUGUUUACAAUUAAAGGGUGAUGAGAUUAUAGCUCAGUUGUAUCAUUACUUAAGGUUGGUGACCCUUUGUAUGCUUUUCUCAAAGAAGCCAUUUCCUGUAUUCUUGGAGUCUGCUGGCUACUCUCAAGAAGACGUUCUCCUUCAGAAGCCUAAAGCAGGACUCCUUAAGCCUGCCUUUACAAUUAUAAGAGACAGAAAUUUAAAUUGUUUUCUUCUUCUAAUUCGGGGCACUCAUAGCAUCAAAGAUACUCUGACUGCAGCAACAGGCGCUGUCGUACCUUUUCACCAUUCAGUUUUAGAUGAUGGUGGGGUUAGCAAUCUUGUUUUGGGAUAUGCACAUUGUGGGAUGGUUGCUGCUGCGCGGUGGAUUGCCAAGCUCAGUAUGCCUUUCUUGGUAAAGGCGCUGGAGGAAAAUCCUGAGUAUGAGAUAAAGAUUGUAGGGCAUUCUCUUGGUGGUGGUACUGCUGCACUUCUGACCUAUAUCCUUCGAGAGCAAAAAGAACUUUCCUCAAGCACCUGUGUCACUUUUGCACCAGCUGCCUGUAUGACGUGGGAGUUGGCAGAGUCAGGAAAGCACUUCAUCACUACAAUAAUUAAUGGUUCUGAUCUGGUGCCUACAUUCUCAACCGCUUCUAUUGAUGUUCUGCGUUCUGAGGUAACCGCGUCAUCCUGGGUGAAUGAUCUACGUGAUCAAGUUGAGCGCAAUAGAGUUUUGAAAGUUAUUUAUCGAUCUGCCACUGCUCUUGGUUCUCGUCUACCAUCUAUAGCUGUAGCGAAAGCAAGGGUUGCUGGUGCAGGUGCACUUCUACGCCCCGUCUCAAGCAGUACUCAGGUGGUGAUGAAGCGUGCCCAAGAUGUUGCCCAAGCAGUUGUCAAGACACGCUCCUCUUUGUCAUCAUGGACUUGUAUGGGUGUGCGUCGCCGUGUCGUCUCCCCUUUGGCAAGUUCCAAACCAGAUGAUUUCUCUGAGGCUCCUCUUAUAGCUCCGAGAACAUGUGAAACGUUUGCAAGUGAAGUAGUAAACAGUGUUCCUGAUGGUAACACAGUCGAAUAUUGUUCUUCAAGCAGUGGAUCUGGACAAGAUGAGACCGAUGACGAUGAAAAUGCUGCUGGAGUGGACAAAGCAAUUGGUCCUACCGACGUAGAGGAUAUCACAGAAGGUGAAUUGUGGUAUGAAUUGGAGAAGGAGCUACAGAGGCAGGAGGGUGAAGCUGAUGUCCAUGACCAAGAAGCAGCUGCUGCAGCAGAAGAAAUUGCUGAAGAGGAGAAAGUGCUGGUCGAUGCAGCUGAAAACCAAACACCAAUAUCUCCAUCGGAUGUGUCAGAUAACCACCAUUUUUACCCUCCCGGAAGAAUAAUGCAUAUGGUUUCUAUACCAUCAACAGAGGCAAGUGAUCUGGAUCAUGAUGGUCCAACGGAAGACCAUGUUGGGAUAUAUGAGACCCCUAGAGAAUUGUAUAGUAAGCUUCGUUUGUCAAAGACGAUGAUAAACGAUCAUUAUAUGCCAAUGUACAAGAAGAUGAUGGAAUUAUUGAUUAGGGAACUAGAAAAUGAAUUAGACUGUGAUUGUGAAUCAUGAAUUAGACCAAAAAAAUACAGUACAUAUAUAUGUUGAAGAUGCGAAGCAAAGGCAGCAAAUUUGACAUUUCCUUCA